AUGGCGAGUCCCGGGCAGAAAGUGGUGCUGAUCACCGGCUGCUCCUCCGGCAUCGGCCUGAGGAUGGCCGUGAUGCUGGCCAAGGAUGAGCAGAAGCGCUACCACGUCAUAGCAACGAUGCGAGACCUGAAGCGUAAAGAUAAACUGGUGGAAGCUGCCGGGGACACGUACGGGAAAACUCUGUCUCUGGCUGUCCUGGACGUCUGCACCGAUGAGUCCGUCAAACAGUGUAUCAACGGCAUCAAAGACCGACACGUGGAUGUCCUCAUCAAUAACGCAGGUAUCGGCCUCGUGGGUCCAAUAGAGAGCAUCCCCAUCGACGAGAUGAAGAAAGUGUUUGAGACCAAUUUCUUUGGGGUGAUCCGCAUGAUCAAGGAGGUGAUGCCUGAUAUGAAGAGAAGGAAAGGAGGACACAUCAUCGUGGUCAGCAGUGUGAUGGGGCUGCAAGGUGUGGUGUUUAACGACGUGUACGCCGCCUCCAAGUUUGCCAUGGAGGGCUUCUGUGAGAGUUUGGCCGUGCAGCUCUUGAAGUUUAAUGUCAUAAUGUCAAUGAUUGAGCCCGGCCUUCACACUGAAUUCGAGGCAAAGAUGAUUCAGGAUGUGAAGCAGAAGGAGUAUCCCGGAGCCGAUGCUGACACGGUGAACUACUUCAAGAACGUCUAUCUUCCCUCUUCUGUUGACAUCUUUGAGACUCUGGGACAAACGCCUGAUGACAUCGCCAGAUGCACUAAGAAGGUGAUUGAAGCCAGCAGCCCGCGUUUCCGUAAUCUGACCAACCCUUGGUACACGCCCAUCGUAGCACUGAAAUACGCUGAUGAAACGGGAGGCCUGUCUGUCCAUGCCUUCUACCACAUGCUCUUCAACCUGGGUCCUCUAAUGCACGUCAGCAUGACCGCCAUGAAGUACCUCACCUGUGGAUGUCUGAGGAGCAGGACAGUUUCACCAAACUAG